AUGUGGUCCACCUGCAAGUCGUUGCAGCAGCUAGUAAUAGAUGUUGUCGAAAACGGCAAAGAAACGGUCAAGAAAUCAUCGAGAGAACCCAUCUCCUUACCGUAUGUACACCAAAAAGUAGUGCUUUCUCAGGAUUUUACCGAUGAAGUCUUGCUUCUGAGCGACUUGUUCGAUGCUAAUGAACUUAUGAUGGUUGAGUUGCUACUAACAGCGGAAAGCCAGUUGCCAUCUUAUCGAAACAUUUCAAGGGGGUUUCUAGCUGUUUUACUGUACUUCGAAAGUCACUUCGCAAUUGUCGAUGCCCUAAGAUUAAUCAUUCAAUCGCGGGAAGGACGGUCUUGGUCGACCUCUCUUUCCGGAGAAGCUGUGCAAAUCAUUCAAAAGUUUACCUGUGACCUAUGGGAAUGCGGUCUUCUCCAAAAUGUUAUUAGUAAGUACCUCUUGAUAAUCUCCAAUUCUUGGGAGCAUCACCUCUCCACUUACCGUUAUAAUGUAUGGAGUAAUGUGCACAUGAAACUAUCUAUUACUACAGGUAUACUGGAUAUCUCUCCUGCCUUCUAA